AAUAUAGCCAGUGACAUGAAGAUGGUGCCACAACAGUACUGCUUGCGGUGGAAGCACCACCACUCCAAUGUGCAGAACAUGUUCGCUCAGCUGCUAGCUAAAGAGCGCUUCUGCGACGUGACGCUGUACUGCUCGCCAAGCUUCGCCACGCAGGUCGACAGCAGCAAGGAUCUAGUCGACCCGGACACCAUCCGCGGAGUCUCGCUACGAGCACACAGAGUCGUCCUAGCGGCAUGCUCCGAGCUCCUCGGCGCGUUACUGGGCGCCCACGAGGCGCAGGGCGAACCUGUCCUUGUCAUAGACGGCGCGGAACCCAAACAUCUCAGGGCGCUGCUCGACUACAUGUACACGGGAGAGAUGAACGUACAUCAUUCGCAGCUCGCGAGCCUGCUGAAGACGGCAGAGGAGCUCCGGAUCAAGGGGCUCACGGAUAUCCGGUGGAACAACAAAGACGAACCUCCCGACACAGAUUCCCUAACAACAACAACGACGACCACAGCCACCACCGAACCAAAAAAGCCACAGGACAACGCGAAACCCGACCCCAAACCCGAGGCAAAGAGGCCGAGACCCGAGCCGCAGGCGAAGCGACCCGAGCGGCCCGAGAGCAGCGCCACGCCCGAGGAGAAGGGGGAUAGCGACGCGGAGGUGAAGCCUGAGAAGUUUAGCGUCAAUGGUGAGUAACCCGAGGCCAAGAGGCUCAGACCCGAGCCGCAGGCGAAGCGACCCGAGCGGCCCGAGAGCAGCGCCACGCCCGAGGAGAAGGGGGAUAGCGACGCGGAGGUGAAGCCUGAGAAGUUUAGCGUCAAUGGUGGCCCGCCGCCGCUGAUCAAACUGCCGACCAAAGAAAAGACGAGCCCACCGAAGCGGGAACUCUCUGACACAGAAAGUCCCAGUCCGAAGCGGCAAAGAAUGACAAGCAUAAAUGAAAACUCGGAAGACGAUGAACGGGAUCCAGAGCAUUGGCAACACGGAAACUUGGACAUAACGGCGGAGCGCGUGGUGGGGUGGGGCGCCGGGUCGGCGGCGUCGUGGGAGCGAGACGCCUCCGACGACGAGUGGGCCGACGCACCCGCCGACAUCGGCUCCUUCCUGCACACCAGGCUCAGGGUCGACGGCGACAACAGCGCGGAUGAGGAGUCAAACGAGGGUGCGCCAGCCUCUACGUCAUCGUCAGCGGGCACCUCCGCCACAGAAGCCUUGCCGGAGACGUCGGGCCCCAAGUCGGGUCCCACCGACCCGCGGUUCACGGACGUCGUGAAACUGAACGACUACCUGCGCCACGGACGACGCCCGCAGUUCUGGGAGGAGAACUACGUCAAACGGGUGAUGGAGGCAGUCCGAGUGAAGGAAUUGGAGAUGAAGCAAGCGGCAGAAAUAUUGGGCGUCAGCUACGGAACCCUCUACGGACGAUACCGGGAUGUCUAUGGCUGCAUAAAUCGCCCUUACCGGACCGCUCGCGACUUCUGGCAAGCCAAGGGCCCGUCGGAGGUCCUCGAGCGCCUCCAGCGCGGGGAGCUGUCCCUGGACGCCGGCGCCACGGCGCUGGGGGUGUCCACCUCCAACCUGGCCGCGUACAUGGCGGACAUCCACCCUGUCGAGCGAGGUACGCCCCCUGCAUUCAAGAACAUAGACUCAGGUAUGUGUUGCCAACGAGGGGUUCCAACCAAUGUGUGGUGGUGGAAACUUGUUGCCAAAGGCCCCUCGGAGGUCCUCGAGCGCCUCCAGCGCGGGGAGCUGUCCCUGGACGCCGGCGCCACGGCGCUGGGGGUCUCCACCUCCAACCUGGCCGCGUACAUGGCGGACAUCCACCCUGUCGAGCGAGGUACGCCCCCUGCAUUCAAGAACAUAGACUCAGAAUUCGAGCCAAUCCCUAUCGAGAUAGACCCCUCACUCACGCUGAAGUCGUACACCAACUUAGUAAAGACUAUGAGAAAAAACGUCAACCCUACCACGCCGCCCGACAAGCCGAAGAAGAUCCUCAUAAAUAGUAUAACGGACGAAGACCCGAUCCCGGCGACGGUGAUCACCACCAGUGACGGUAAAAAGUCCGCCACCGCCACCGCUACCACGCCGCCCGCGGGCAGCAAGUGGCCCUCGAUCCGCGUGGCGUCGCUGGAGGCGCUGCGCGGCGACGCCGUCGCCGCCGCAGCAACGUCCCCCUCCCCCUCCCCCUCGCCCAGCCUGCUGAUGCGGACCAGGCCUGACCUGACCAUAGUCGCCGCCAAGAAGCCCGACAAGAGGGACGAGACGUGAUCACCCAUCUAGUGCAAGGUUGCCACGAGCCCCUCGUCUAGCGACCAAAACCUCUGGCUAUUGCAGUUCGUAGUCCACCCUAAGUAAUAAUCUUCACACUAAAAUACACGAGAGUUGAGGUCAAUCGUACCCACAACUAAUCCCGCUAUGAUUAGGUACAAUCGCCAUCAGAUAUAUCGGAGCGGCCAAGGUGCUAACAAAUAUCUGAACACGCACUCCAACGCCUUGACAAUAGAGGCGUGUUCAGAUAUUUGUGAGCAGGGACGUCUGGCGAUGGCGAUUGUACAUGAAAUGUUGUGUGUGUGACUUCAACGCUGGUGCCGAUAUCUAUACACGGUAUAACAUGAGGAAACCGAAUAAUUUCAACCACGCAUUUCUGAGGUCAAAAGAAGGAAAAAAUGUAAUAUGAGUUUAGGUCAAUUUCGCAAAAAAAAAAUUUUUGUUUUGUUUUUUCAAUGUUUUGAAUGUAU